AAAGCGGCGGGGGAGCGGCGGCGGCGGCGGUCGCGGGGCGGCGGCGGGGGAGCGGCGGCGAUGCGCCUGACCCAGAGCAUGUGCACCAUCGCCGAGUGCGCCCCCGGCGGGGAGGGGUGCCCCGCCGCUGCUGCCGCCGCCGCCCGGCCCCGCCUCGUCAAGAUCGCCGUGGUGGGGGGCAGCGGCGUGGGCAAGACAGCGCUGGUGGUGCGGUUCCUCACCCGGCGGUUCAUCGGCGACUACGAGAGGAACGCAGGUAACCUCUACAGCAGACACAUCCAGAUAGAUGGAGAGAUGUUGGCUAUUCAGGUGCAAGAUACUCCAGGAGUUCAGAUCCAUGAACAUAAUCUGGAUUGUAAUGAGCAGCUGAACAGAUGCAUUCGCUGGGCAGAUGCCCUGGUGAUUGUCUUCUCCAUCACAGACUAUAAGAGCUAUGAACUACUCAGUCACCUUUACCAUCACGUUCGACAGCUGCACCCAGGAAAUGCAGUCCCUGUUGUCAUCGUAGCAAACAAAGCUGAUCUCUUGCAUGUCAAAGAGGUGGAGCCUCAGCAUGGACUUCAGCUGGCCAACAUGCUGGGCUGUACUUUCUACGAAGUAUCUGUCAGUGAAAACUAUAAUGAUGUCUUCAAUGCCUUCCACCUCCUCUGUAAAGAAGUCAAUAAACAGCAAACAACCAGCACCCCCGAGAGAAGGAGAACCUCUCUUAUUCCACGGCCAAAAUCGCCCAACAUGCAGGAUCUGAAGAGAAGGUUUAAGCAAGCUUUGUCUGCCAAAGUGAGGACUGUCACUUCUGUUUGACAGCAGAGCCAUUUGUCUUCCCAACAUUUAGCCUGAGAUUGUAACCUGGGGUGUUUAACACUGGCAUAUCUAGAGUCCGAGGCAUUGUGAAAGAAGGAUGGUUCAGGUAGCCUUUUGCAUGGCUGUAGAAACAAGCAGUUACUUUAAAAAAAGGACCAAUGGCAGGUUGGAAAAGGGGAAAAAAAAACCCCAAAAACUCUUGAAAUGGUUCUAGGAUGUGACUUGUAGAACAAGUAUUUUCAUUUGGAAAAGGAACUUUCCGGUAAAUGAAAUCUUUGGUUUGCCUUUUCUCCAAUAGGACAGAUUUGACUUAAAGCUUGUGCAGAAGCAUCGUUUUAGCUGUAACCCUCAACCUGUACUUGAGCAGGGAAACACCCUGAACUGCAGUCCACUGUUCAGAAGUAACCACUCGAGUCCUGUUUUCACUUGGAUGAAGGACAACAUGAUGUAUCUGUCUGAUUUUAUUGCACAGUAGAACUGUUUUUCCCAUGUAUUUCAAAACAAAUAAGCAAACCUGAAAUUGUUCUGUAAAAGUAAGUGUAAAAUAAGUGGACGUGACUGGGUAUCAAGACUGUAAACAAUGGUCCUUUAUUUUUUUACUAGCUAUGUUAUUGCUGACAACUUGACCAGACUCUUUGUAUGCAAAACUAUUGUCCACAGGGUGUAAACAUAUCUAAUUACAAAUAACUUGUGGGUUUUUCACUGUCUGAAAAGAAUACUGUCCAGACUAAAUGAUCCAACAUGGAGCUCUUGAGGAAUCAGUGUUGAGUGGGAGUGAUAGUCCAUUGCAGCUGCCAGUGUAAGACACUUCUCUCUGCGUGCAACAGGCACAGAAGGAAUGUGGCUGUAAUUCGGCUCGGUGUGAAGCAUGGCUGGCUCCAGGCAAUGAAGCUGGUGGUUUGUUCUGAGCUGAGCCAGGCCCUGUUCAUCCUUAAACACAUGUGGCAGACUUAGAUAUCUAAUUUUUUUAUACAUUGAGCCAAUGGAGUUCACAGGCUAUAGGCCUUAUACACAUGCACUUUAAAAAGCCAGUUGUGCUUUUGUUUAAACUGUAACUUAUUUAUUUUGUGUACAGUUACUCCAUAUAGGGAGUGGACUCUUCAUUCUUACUGCCUGGUUCAACAUUAAAUUUUUGAAUUUGUC